AGUGGCGUUGGCGCAGGCGCGGAGAGAGCCCGGGCCGAGGGAGGGAGGCGCCCGCCCGAGCGAGCCAUGGAGCUGCGGGGGGAGCUGCUGUCGCCGAAUAAAAUGAGCCAUGGAGACUCAAAUCCUGCAGCAGUCCCACAUGCCGCUGACGAUAUUCAGGGAGAUGACAGAUGGAUGUCGCAGCACAAUAGAUUUGUCUCGGACUGCAAAGACAAGGAACCUGAUGUGCUCUUUGUGGGUGAUUCCAUGGUGCAGUUGCUACAGCAAUAUGAGAUAUGGCGAGAGCUCUUCUCACCACUUCAUGCAUUGAAUUUUGGGAUUGGUGGAGACACCACUGGACACGUUCUGUGGAGACUGAAGAAUGGCGAACUGGAGAACAUUAAACCGAAGGUCAUUGUUGUUUGGGUUGGAACAAAUAAUUACGGAAACACAGCAGAAGAAGUAGCAGGAGGGAUUGAGGCUAUCGUGCGCCUGAUAAAUACCCAGCAGCCACAGGCCAAAGUUAUUGUACUGGGCCUGCUACCUCGUGGAGAGAAGCCAAACCCUCUGCGGCAGAAGAAUGCCAAGGUGAACCAUCUGCUAAAAGCCUCACUCCCCAAACUACCCAAUGUCCAGCUCCUGGAUGUAGAUGCCGGCUUCGUGCACUCAGAUGGCACCAUCUCAUACCACGAUAUGUUUGAUUUCCUGCACCUGACAGGAGGGGCCUAUGCAAAGAUCUGUAAACCCCUCCAUGAACUGAUCAUGCAGCUGCUGGAGGAGACCCCUGAGGAGAAACGAGCUGCCCUGGCCUGAUUAGCUGAUGUCAGUGUUAACAUCAUCCAGCCCAUCAGAUCAGUUCUGUCACUGGCACUACAGAAUCCUUCUUUCUUAAAGCACUUUCCAUUGUAGAAUGUUACGGAUGUUCAUAUCUAGUGUUUUGAGGGGGAAGGCUGAUGUUUAACUGGUCUUGUACAGAUGAGGGCCGGCUUGGUUGGUUUUAUUGCAGGAGGAAAUUAGCUGAAGAAGAGUUUUACUUUUAAACCAUUCCUCAUUUAAAAUGAGAACAGGACUGUCACUCUGUGCCCCUCUCACGUAUUGUUGCUCUGUGGUUGUCCUAGAACCUUUUUAGCCUGUCUCUGACAGCCCAUACACAGCUCUUGGCCCACCCUUCCUGGCUGUAGGGGUUGUGCUCUGUGUAUUAGCCUGUGAACAAGAAUUGCCUUCCACUUGCUAAUAACAGAACAGAUGCAUUUUUCCAAGCUCAGUCCCACCUUUUAAAGGUUUCUGGUUGUUUUUUUUGUUUGUUUUCCUUUUUCUGGGGUAUGCUAAGUGACACGUGUUGUUUCUCACUCCUUAUUUCUGAAGCAGCGUGAAACUGGAAUUCAGAAAUCUAAGGGAACAAACUGUUAACCGAACUUCUGUAAUGCUCCCAGGUGCUUGUUCUUGUGCUCAUUUCACCAUGCCUAGCAGCUGGGGCACUCUUCAUUCCAUGUAGCUUUCCCUGUGGGCAGUCUCAUUCAGGUGCUCCUGAUGGCUGUCCUGUUCUCUGCUCCUGUCUGUGUAUGGUAUUGCUGGCUUUUAACAGUCAUUCAGUUUAGCAUUUUAAUUAUCCAGUUAGUAUCACACAAGGCAGUCGCUUCCUCGCUACUAUGGAACUGACAUUUCAUUCCUUUGGGAUGCCUGUGCUCCAGGGCUCUUUGCAGUACUGUUCAUUGUUCUUUUUUUCUUUUAUUUCCUUUUUUUUUUGUAAGUAUGACUGUUACAUCCUUUUUUUUUUUCCUAAAGAAAACCCACAUGAGUAGCCCCUUUUUUUUCGAGGCAUAAAACAGUCUGAAGCUUUACAGAUUCAAAGGUGUAUAUUUCUUUAUUGCUUCUGUUUUACUUGUAUAAACAUUUUACUCAAGCAACUGCAGCCUCUUACAGUAAGGCCUUUUGCUACCCUGGACACUGCUCACCUCUAGCCAAGGAAGCCAGUGCAGCAGUGCUCUGUUACAGGGGCUGCAAGUAGGUGGGAUUUUUGUUUUGUUUUGUUUUUUAUGAGCUGGUUAUAGCCUACUAACGGUAACAUGAAAAUAGCCUUUCAUCUACAAUGAAAGCUUCUCUUUAUUCAGAAAGAAACUGUUUUGGACCCUAAAUGCAGAGCCCUAGGGGAAUAGAUAAAUAUACUUGCAAAUAAAAGAAUUUUAAAUGAAGUCUGUUCUUCCUUGGCUUACCUACCAGAGCUGGAGCUUGCAGCACUGUGCAAACACUGCAGUGGUUCGCAGCGUGGUAGCUGAUGGAGAGCUGCCAGCACAGAUCUCUGCACUUCUUUCAGUGUAUGAGGAAUCUGCAGCCACCUGUGCUCAUCUCGGCAGGUAAAUUGGAGAGGAACUGAUAGCUUUUUAGCAGGCACUUCGUACUCUGUUCUUAAGGAGGGGUGUUUAGGUGUCCAGGUUGCUUGCUGUGCCCUGCUGCAAUGAAAGUACGUAGGUACUGUAUAUAGUCUGUUUGCCCUUUUUUAUAAUAAAGGGUGCUGUGUUUAAUGCAGUCUAUAAUCUAGCAUUAAGGAAUACUUUUACGUCCCCACUACAUUCCCCUGUUCCCGUAGAUUUGAUCAUAGCAGGAUUUCUGCCUGGAUUGCAUGCAUAGUUUGUGUUUUGUUUCCAGUAUAUGUGAUCUACACACAGAUGAAGGAAGGAUGAAGCUUUCCACUUCCCAGAAAUAAAUACCAGAGUGCUGUAGUGGAGGAGGGAUGGUUGUCUUACCCCACGAAGCAGGCUAGGCAUGCGCUGCUCCCCAGGCCUGUGUGCACUGCAGCCCUGCUGCCUUGCAGAGGGGGCUUUAAGGUAACGUUAUUCACACUUCUGGUUCGAUGCUCACUGGAGAAGUUGGUAUAAGAAAGUGUAAAAUGUUAAGAAUACGCUGCAGUGGAGGAUUCUUGGGGAAAAGGUUUGUUAUCCCUCUCCCCCUCCUCACGCCCUCCUUAGGGAGAAGGGUUAAAACACAUUCCGCUCCCUGUGAACUUUUCAGCUUUUGUAAUAAGGCAGUGUGGUAGCUGAACCUAUGCAUCCUUGCUUUGCUCCCUGCUGUCACAGCAUUUGGUUGAGGAGACGCUGGCUGGGAAUGUGUUCUCCAAUAAAAAAAGCUGUAACUUCUUACCUUAACACCCUUACAACUGGGGCUGUGUCCCGCCCUGAGUCAGCUGCUCUUGGCGGGGCACUGUGCGGUGUGAGAGGUUUAGCAGGUUCAUGACUCUGCAGUGUGACCGAGGAUGGCUCUGCUGGCUCUCUGCUUAAGUUUGGUGUGCUAAGGUGCCAUGUUCUGUGCUUGCUUCAGUGUUCACAGCCCUCUGCUACCUUAAUCGUUGCUGGUAUGAGUGAUGGACAAAGAAAGAAAGGGCAGCUUUGUGUCUGAGACUUCAGCUCUGUUUGUGGCUGUUUAGUAAUAAACUGUCCUGCUCCGAAUUGAGAGGUUUUGUGUGAGGGCAGGGAGGGAUUGUUCCUCUUCACUGGGCAGGCACUAAAAAUGAGUGCCUCGCUGUAAGAAGGGUAGGAAAGCUUCAGUUGCAGCUCUGGGUGACCGAUGUCCCCUGGGAUCAGGGCUGAGCUGCCUCUGCCCAGCCAGCAUGAACUAUGUCAUUAUUAAUGGUUGGCUGUGAAAGAACUGGCCCUUUGAGGCCUUUUCCUUCUGUAAACAACCCGGCUGCAUUUCUCGGUUCUGUGCUGAAGCCUGCUGUCUUGUCUGUGCUGUGACCUGUGAGCAUCGCCAAGUUUCAUAUUUAUUGCAGCAAAGAAGAAAAGAUGUGAAAGGACAGCAGGAGUCUCUCGUAACUUAUCAGUGGGGGGGAGAGAGCACUCCAGGCACGUGAUGGGGACCUGCGAGGAGCAAAGCCUGUGUAUGUGAAUCAGAUGGCACCUGCCCCGUCACUGCUUGCUGACUUGAACCUUCCCAGGAAGAAAUUGUGAUUCUGCUUUGGCAAAAAAAAAGAAAAAAGAAAAAAAAAGAAAAAAAAAAAAAAAGCAUCAGCUGGUAGAACUCACUCUGUUUAGUGCAUAUUUCGAUAUAAAUGUAAAUGUUUCACCCCAA